CUCAAUUACUUUUAAAUUCCAGGAAUUCUCCACUUUUAUCUAGCCUUCCAUACAUUAUCUGUGUUGAAUCUGUGUUGAAUUAAAAAAUGCUAUGAGUAUAGCAACUGAGGCAUGUGAAUUGCCUCUUGAUGUGUAUACAAUGUAAUCCCCACCCCUUUCCUCAUUUUAUAUAAGCUAUUAACUGCUGGUCUUCUGUAGCUGAAUUUUCCUUUUCAAAUAAUAUAUGCCCAAUGGAGAAGCUUAGAAAAUUAAGUGGAUUUCAUGACAGAGGAUUGUUGGAAAAAGCCAGGCUCUAUUUAACAAGAAAACCACUGCCGUCUCUGGAAGAAAGGAAGAAGUAUGAUUAUGAAUUUGCAACUUCCACCUCAUUCCAUGGAGUGCACAAUAUUGUUCGUACAAGGAGCAAGAGCCGUAAGGCACUGUGGAUGACAGUAGUCGUGGGCUCCAUUUGUUUGGUUGCCUGGCAAAUCGGCAGUCGUUUUGCCAAUUAUUUCAGCUGGCCCACAACAACAUCAGUGGUAGUUCAGUAUGUGGAAAACAUAGAGUUUCCUGCUGUAACUUUUUGUAAUCUGAACAGGUUCCAAACCCAAGCAGUAGCUAACCUGAGUGCCAUUUUCUUCCUGUGGAGCAUAGUUUCGGGAGUACUACAUCUGUUUGAUACUAGGGAAAAGUUUGGCCAAGAGAUAAAUGACUUCCUUAAUGGGAAUCAAAAUUUCAGCAUCAAAGAAUUCACAAGGAAUAAUGGUUUCUAUCUCAACAACAGUACAUUGUUGGAUUGUGAAUAUUUUGGGGAGCCGUGUUAUCCAGAGAACUUUGAACAUGUCUUCACUGAAUAUGGAAACUGCUUCACCUUUAAUCAUAUUAACACUCCAGCAAAAAGAAGAGUGAGUGUUUCUGGAAGGGGCUUGAGUUUGCUUUUCGAUGUCAAACAGGCACAGUUCACCGAUGACCCUGCUCUUGGUUUUGUUGAUGUCGGCAUCACAUUUGCUAUCCACUCACCUAAAGCGCCUCCCCGAUUUGAUGGUUUAGGUAUAUCAACCCCAGUAGGAAUGCAUGCUCAUGCUGCAAUCCAACAGGUGAAGACAAUUAUUCAAGAAUACCCUUGGGGAGAAUGCAAGCCAAACAUCAAACUUCAGCACCACAAGAUCUAUAGCACCUAUGGAUGCCUACAAGAAUGCAAAGCACGCCAUAUUCAAAACAAGUGUGGGUGCUUACCGUUCAUGCUUCCAGGAAAGGGCACAGAAUGUGACCUGGACAAAUUUUACAAUUGUGUUUCUCCUGAACUGUAUAAAAUUGAGCUCGCAGGAUUGUGUACAGCAGGAACACAUAAUUCCACUUGCCCUGUGCCUUGUGAGGAAACAGAUUAUCCAACCACCAUUUCCUAUUCGACUUUUGAAAGUGAAAAGGCUUUGAAAUUUCUUUCCACAAAGCUGAAGAAAAAUCCAGAAUAUAUCAGGCGUAACCUUGUAUAUAUUGACAUUAGAUAUCAUGAUUUGAAUUACAAAAUGACUCGGCAGCAGAAGGCAUUAAGUGUAUCUGAGCUACUUGCUGAUGUUGGUGGCCAACUUGGUUUGUUUUGUGGAGCCAGUAUGAUUACGAUCAUAGAGGUUGUGGAAUAUAUUUUCACCAACUUCUGUUGGAUGUGUGUCUUUCUUCUACUGAAAGCACCAGAAGUGCCCAACUGGAAUACUACAGAUCAGAAUGCACAAGCACACAAAAGAAGAAUACAAGAAUGUUAAGGGCUUUCAGAAAGGGAAUGGAAGGUGAAGUUUUCUUUUCAGUAAAUGGCAUUGAUUCUGGAGAUAAUGCAGGAUUCAACAGUAUUCAGUUCAAACUUAUUUCUCUGAAAACAGAUAUUAGGGAAGGCAAGUAUUUAUGAAUACAGGGCUUGCUUAUCCUGGUAGUCUGCACCGUCACAGAGAACACAAAAUUUCCUCAUGUACAAUAGAAUUCACAUUAGUCCACGUUUAUGUCAGUGGGAAGUAGGUGUGCCUAAUUUUCAUUGGAGUGCACAAAGUGGCAUUCCACCCCACCCCAAAUUAUAAUUGGUUCACUCUCUCUAAGUUUUAUUGGAUAACUUUCAUAGGAAACUGAGUGGGGUGGGGGUGUCCUAGAAUUUUCCUAAGCUUGGAAGGGUCCUCCACCAUUGCUAUCCCUCUGGAUGGUAGCUUCCCUCCCUCCCCACCUGCCCUGCUCCUUUUCACCAAUUUCUCAACUGUAUCAAGUGUGAGGGGAAGAGCCAAAAUGGGCAAAGACAAGACUGAUGGAGGUCAUAGAUUCAAUAUGAAUAACCUUGGUUCUUGUCUCAAAUGAAGGCAUCUGAGCAUGCCCAUGUUAA